AUGCGACCCCUCUCCGAGGGAGAAGUCGCCGAUGCCAUACGAAAGUUGCGCAACAAAAAGACACCCGGAGAGGACGAUAUACCUGCUGAAGUCUUCAAGUCUUGUGUCGACACUCUGUCACCCUGGCUCCAUGAUUUGAUUGAACAAGCGUGGAGAGACGAGGUUGUUCCUGAUGACUGGGGCUUAGGCAUCCUUGUACCUAUCCUCAAGUAGGAAGAUUAGACGAGAUGCGAGAAUUACCGCGGCAUAAGUCUUAUCGACGUUGCUGUAAGGAUCUUCGCUAAUGUCCUACUCAGGCGAUUCCAGGUUGUGCGUGACUCAAGGACGAGGCUCAGCCAAACCGGAUUUCGUGUUGGACGUGGAAGCGCAGACCAGAUAUUCACACUGCGGCGCAUUCUCGAAUUUCGCCAUAGCUACCAACAACCGACGGCCGUCUGCUUCAUUGACUUUGCCGCCGCGUUCGAUUCCGUUCACCGUGAGUCCCCGUGGCGGAUAAUGGCGGUAGAUGGUGUACGGGAAAAAAUCAUUGCCAUGAUCAAGGCCUACUAUCGCUCCACCAUUGCGAGAGUCCUGGUCCGCAGCAAUCUUUCCAAACCGUUCGGUAUUCGGUAUGGCGAGAAACCGUCGUGA